AUGAAAGAAAAGAGUAAGAAUGCUGCUCGCUCCAGACGAGAGAAAGAGAACGCAGAGUUCUUAGAACUAGCUAAACUUCUCCCUCUACCGUCCGCGAUCACAUCACAACUGGAUAAGGCUUCCGUGAUACGACUAACGACCAGCUAUUUGAAAAUGCGACAGGUAUUCCCUGAUGCCUGUCAUCGUCCACCGCUGGACGUAGGCCUUCUCAACCGCACGCCACUGAGCUCGAUGUUCAGCUCUUCUCAAAAACCUAACCUGUUUAUCCUAUGCCUGUGCCGAAAAUCAUCUAGAUCCGUCCAGCCGUUUUGGCGUUAUUGUGUAACAAACAUACAAAAUGUGAAAGUUAACAUUUAUAAUAUUAGUCUAGGAGAUGCGUGGGGAGCUGCACCUCCUCCUCCUCAGCCCAGGGAGCUGUCUAUACGGGAGCUGGGCUCCCACCUUCUGCAGACCCUGGAUGGCUUCAUUUUCGUCGUAUCCCCUGAUGGCAAGAUCAUGUAUAUCAGCGAGACAGCUUCUGUACAUCUUGGGUUAAGUCAAGUCGGCAACGAGCAGACGGAUUACCUGAUGGUAGAGUUAACGGGGAACUCAAUAUACGAGUACAUACACCAAUCAGAUCACGAUGAGAUGACGACAGUUCUCAGUCUACAACAUCCCCACUCCUACCAACCCCAUCAGUAUCCCAGCGUUGGGUACCCAGUCGGUGGAACGUGGGGUCCAACAGUGGACAUCGAGUUCGAAAGGGCUUUCUUCAUAAGAAUGAAGUGUGUAUUAGCUAAACGCAACGCUGGACUUACCACAUCAGGGUAUAAGGUUAUACAUUGCUCAGGUUACCUCAGAGCGCGGCGAUUUGGUGAAGGCUGGGCGCCGCUCGGCCUCAUUGCAGUCGGACACUCACUACCGCCAUCUGCCGUCACAGAACUGAAACUACACUCCAACAUGUUCAUGUUUAGAGCCUCUCUGGACAUGCGGCUAAUAUUCUUGGACGCAAGAGUUGCAUCGCUGACAGGGUACGAGCCUCAGGAUUUGAUUGAGAAGACACUGUAUCACUACAUACAUGGAACCGAUGUCUUACAUAUGAGGCACUCGCAUUGUACGCUGCUAACAAAAGGGCAGGUCACGUCCAGAUAUUACCGUUUCCUCACGAAGAGUGGAGGCUGGGUGUGGAUGCAGAGCUACGCGACCAUCGUCCACAACUCGCGGUCCUCGCGGCCACAUUGCAUCGUGUCCGUUAACUAUGUUCUUAGUGACAUAGAGGAGAAGCACCUAAUACUAAACAUCAGUCAAGGCACACCAAAGCACGCGCCAGUAGAGUGUCCCACGCCGUCCCACGUUCCCACCACGACCACAUCCCCACAAAUGCCACACGUGAGACACCCGGAGAAAAUUCCAGUUCCCGUCGCCGAGAGCGAGUAUAGCGACUCAAGUGGGGGCUACAAUUACCCAGAAUACAUCCCAGUCAUACCACCCUACGACACACAAGAAGAAUACCAACAACAAAACGGAUCUUAUCAGGAAAUAUUCUACGAGAAUUACACAGAUACAGGAGAAAUAUUACCAAAUUACAAUCAGAAUGGGAGGCCUGUAGGUGAAAAUUUUGGUGGGACUUUUGGGAAGAUCACGCCAAGUCCUGCAGUGCAGGAGGGCGGUUAUACAAGUGUGAUAGUCGAUAAUACGCAACAGUUUCAUCAUCAUGGACGAAUGGAGGGAGUAAGCUUUACCUGCCCAAAGUGCAAACUGGUGAUUAACGAACGAAACUUCCAAAACCUACAAAUGGCGGUAUAA